AUGAAUGGACAGUUAAUUGAUACGAAAAAGUUGGUUGAGGCACUUUUGGGCGAUUUGAGAUUGUUGUCACAGGAGGCGAAAAAGAAGCAGAAUCAUGUGAAAGAGGUAUGGAUUGUUUUCCGCAUAAGCGGAAGCUUCGCGGCGAUGCGGAAGCUAUGCCCAAAUUUUCCGCGAGUCUUCCGCUGAAGCUUCAUCUAAAAACCUGUUUUUCCCCCCAGGCUGCCGAAUCUGGAGUUGUUCGGAUUCGAAACAUCAGCACAGCAUCAUCGAAUGAGCAAAUCCUGAUAUCGAAUUUGAGAGCCGCCUGCUCGGAACUCCUACAUCCGCUGGUUUUGGGAUGCGCGACACGGGUCACGAAAUUGGUGCAAAUUUCCCUGCAGGGAAUUCAGCGACUUAUACAACAUCGAAUUUUGAGCUCGGUAGGUGAUUUGGACCAUUUUGAGUCCAAAAUUUGUGGUAUUUGGUGUCAAAAUGCUCCAAAUUUCAAGCUUCUCCCUUUUUUUCAAUUCUUCCACAGAAAUAUACCAUUUUCGGUAUCAAAAUGUCUAGAAAACCCUGCCGCAUUUUCAGAAUGGCGCCACAAUCGUCACCAAUGAAUUAUGGGGGCUCGUCGAGCAAGAAUGUGAAGAGUUGCGAGUUUUGCAGACGGUUCCACCAUUGGUUUCAUCAGAAUUGGUGGUGACGGGAAACACAUUGGCAAAAGUGAGUUUUUUGGCUGAAAUUUGGUCUGGAAACUGAGUAUUUUUGAGCUAGAAACCGGAAAAUUGAUGCUGAAUUGUUUAUUCUAUCAGAGAAAAAUGUUAACAAUUUCUCAAGUCAUUUUCAUGAAACGUAAAUUUUUAAGAUUUUUGAACACUCAAAAAGACCGAUUUUUUUCAAAUUUUCAAAGAUCUUUUUUUUUCGCGUCAUUUUAAGCCAAAAAAUCGAUUAUCUCAAAUUUUCAGUGCAUUGUAAUGUGCUUCCGCCUUCACCACGCCAAAGAUCCAAUUGUAAUCAACGCGGCUUCCGCCUCAAUCCGCCAACUAGUCUCAACAGUUUUCGAGCGAGUCAUCCAAGAAGACGGCAUCUUCUCAACCGAACUACAAGUCAUCCCACCAACUGGCCGAGUCGGUUCCUCGGCCCCGCCGCCAACACUUCGGCCAUGCGCCGCUGAUGCAUUUAUGCUUUUCCGUGAUUUGUGUUUGUUUAUCAAUGGAGAAGCACCGAUUUGGUUGAUUGGAAUUCGAGAAAUGACACGCACUUUGGGAUUGGAACUGCUCGAAAGUGUGUUGAAAGGAUAUCCCAGUGUUUUUAUUAGGGUGAGAUUUUAGGGGCGGAUUUUUUGAUACCAAAUUUGAAUUGGGAAUGAUUUUUGGAGCAUUUUCAUAUCAAAAAUUGCGUUAAAAAUUCAAAAAUUCUGAAAAUUCACAUUUUUAGCAUCAGAAUUUUCUGAAAAUUUCGGAAAAAGGCAGAUAAAUACACGUGGCAAAUUUGGGCCCAAGAAUCUAAUUUUAGAAUUUUUUGAAAAAUCCACAUGGCUAUAUUUUUUCGAGCCCAAAAAAAUUCUGAAAUUUUGAAUUCCACGUGGCAAACUUCAGGGUUCAAAAAUUUACAACAUUCAAAAUUCUUGAAAAAUUCACGUGGCAACUCAAAGAAGAUGAUUGCCUCUAAAUUUUGAAACAAAAAAUCACCAUUUUUGCACUCAAAAUGCUUCAAAUUUCAAGCCCCGCCCCUUUUUGCAAAUCUGGCACAGUUUUCUGAUCAUUCUCAUUCUUAAAUUUUCCAGCAUUCCGAGUUUGGUCAACUCCUCAAAGAAGAUGUUUGCCCCCUUAUUAUUCGAUUAUUUUCGCCAAGUUUGAAAGCGGUCAACGUGGCAUCGCAACAUCCAAAUUCGAGAUCACAAUAUUCGUCGUCAGGUCAAUCUACAGUACCCGCACAAAUUCAGCAAAGUUUUCCGAUUACAAUGCGACUUGUCAGAAUUGUUACAUUGAUUUUGCAGUUUUAUCAGAAUAUUUUGGUUGGUUUUGGGUUUUGGGAUGAAAAUUGAGAAAAUUACGAUUUUUGAUUUAAAAAUUCAAUAAAUAAGAGAAAUAAUAUUGAAACCUAAAAUUUUCAAAUUAAUGUAAUUUUUGAAACAGUGAAAAUUUUUUUUUUAAAUUUUUGAUUUUCUUUUCGAAACAGUGAAUUAUUUGAAAAAUAAAUAAGACAAUGCGGAAAAAUCUGAAAUUUUUGAACAAAUAUGAAUUUAUUUGAAAUAAUUCUCUGUUUCUUAAUUUUAAUAUGAAAAAAAAAAAUUUAAAAAUGAAAAUUGCUGUAUCUUAAAUCCUAACUAGACUAUUUUCAGCCAGAUUUUCAGAUUUUUUAAAAGAAAAACAUUUUUGGAAGGUCUUAAUCUAAAAAUCCUGAAUUCUACAAAAAUUUAACGGAAUUUCAAAAUAAAAAAUUCAGGAUUUCCGUGAAAAAAUUGAAUUUUGAGGAAUUUUUUGCAGCACACCGAAUGCGAAAUCUUCAUCGCAACCCUUCUCAAAUUCGUCGAAGGUGAUCGUCGCGGAUGGCAGCGACCACUCGCGUUGGAAGCGUUGCACCGCGUCGUAACUCGCGCCGAUUUAGUCCGCUGGAUGACCGAAACUUUUGAUUGUCAAACGAAUUCGACGAAUGUACUGGAAAAAGUGGCGAACGGGCUGAGUGGAGUGGUUCAGCAAUGUUUGACGGCGGCGCAUAUUAGCUCGAGCGGUGAGUUUCUUGAGAUUUGGAGCGUUUUGACACCAAAUACCAUCAUUUUUGGACUCAAAAUGCUCCGAAUUUUAAGCCACGCCCCUUUUAGCAAGUCUGACAGAGUUUCUCUAACCGCGCCACAAAAAUGCAAAAUUUCAGAUCAAGAUUCGGAAAUUGAUAGAUCUCAAGAAGACGGAGGACCGGGAUUUUAUGUGUCGAAAAAUUUGUGGAUUCCCUACGUCGAACAUCUCACAGCCAAAAAAUCGAUACUGUAAGUCUAUUUUUAUCUGCGUCUCGAACCUCUCUCUCUCUUUCUCUAGGCUCGAUUCGUUGGAUCGAAUGGAUGCUACAAAUCUACCCGAAGGCUAUAUUUUAUCACGAUCACUUGUGGCCAUUUGCGAUAUGACGCAAGCAAUCUACACAACAAUUGAUAGUGUUGCGCAAGAUGCGGAAAAUUCGGCGGAUAAAGUGGCGGAAAUCGCGUAUCGCAAUGCACAACCUGCGAUUCUCUCGGCGAUUUCGUCGCUGCUCACAGCGAGCACUGAUGAAGUUGUGACGGACCAAUUACUUUGCUGCUUAUCAACACUGAUAUCGUCGGGAUGUUGCGUAAAUCAGGGAGCGACGCGAGAUAAUUCGCAACUCCUCGCCGCAUCUGUCUAUACCCUUGCGACACUUUCCAUGCCAUCGCCAACUUAUUUACGACAAUUCGCCGCGAUUACUGAUAUGCCUGCGAUUUUCAACGCUGAACUUGAUGCGUGGCCGUCGACGGCGCAAGUUAUCGCAACUGGUCCACCUUGUCCAUGCCCUUGUGUUGCGACAGAAUUGUGGAAUCGUCAAGUUCUCCUAACUUCCAAGAAUAUGCAAGCCGCGCGAACCUUCUUGGGAGCAAUCACAACACAUAUGACGGAUUUGAAAGAGCUGUGGUAUCUCUGUCUUGCCACGUGUCAACAUUUGACGUGGCUUUUGGCGAUGAGACCAGGGCAGAAUGGGAUUUUUGAGCGGGAGACGAGAGAUUCGGAAGGAUCUGGGCAGACUAUGGUGACCACUGCGGCGAUGAGUGAUAUUGGAAUGAUUAGCUCGUUGAUUGAUAAAAUUGCGCCGAGCAUUGCUCAUCUUAAAGAUGAGCAAUUUGUUGAAGUUAUUGAUGCGGUUGUUAGAUUGUCGGAUGAGAGUUUGGCAGUAGCGGUUGGUUUCUUUUAAAGGGGUUUUGAGGAGAAAAUUUGUCUGGAGCUUAUUUUUGAGCUAGAAAUCUGAAAAAUUUUGACCUGAAAUUAGUCUAAUUAAGGAUUUUUAGAUAUUUUUUUUAGCAAGAAAUCUGACCUAAUUCCAGAAAGCUGAAAUCCUAUCGAAUGAUUUUUGUGAAACGUAGAAUUUUCGGGGAGAUUUUAAAGCUCAAAAAAAUUUUGACCUGAAAUUCGUCGAAUGAAAAAUGUAUUUUUCUAUUUUUGAAAAAUUCACUGUUUCCAAAAUUUGGAUAUUGAAAAAAUCGAAUAAAUUUGAAAUUUGGUUGAUUCUGAAUUCUCAUUUUCCGAUCGAAAAAAGUUCAAAUACCAGAAAACCUCAAAAAUCAAUGUGAAAACUUGAAAUUUCAUAAAAUCAUUAUUUUUUGUGAAACGUAGAAUUUUCGGGGAGGUUUUUAAGAUGAAAAAUUCUUCUCAAAUUCGUCGAAUGAAAAAAUUUAUUUUUCUAUUUCUGGAAAAAUUCACUGUUUCAAAAUUUUGAUAUGAAAAACUCGAAUAAAUUUGAAAUUUGAUCAACUGUUGAUUUUCAAAUAAAGAAAAAGUUCAAAUUCCACAAUGCUCAAAAUAAACCCACCAAUAUGAAAAUUUGAAAUUCUAUCAAACGAUUUUUGUGAAACGUAGAAUUUUCGGAGAGAUUUUCAAGCUCAAUAAUGCUUCUCAAAUUCGUCGAAUGAAAAAUGUAUUUUUUUCAUUUUUGAAAAAUUCACUGUUUCAAAAUUUUGAUAUGAAAUUGGAAAAAAUAUUUUAAAUUUGAUUGACGCUGGAUUCUUGUCUGAUCAAAAAAAGUUCAAAUUCCAGAAAGCUGAAAUUCUAUAAAACGAUGUUUGUGAAACGUAGAAUUUUCGGGGAUAAUUUUCAAGCUCAAUAAUGCUUCUCAAAUUCGUUGAAUCAAAAAUUAAUUUUUUUAUUUUUGAAAAAUUCACUGUUUCAAAAUUUGGAUGUGAAAGAAUCGAAUAAAUUUGAAAUUUGAUUCACUCUCUGUUGACUUUUCUCAUUCAAAAAAAUCGCAUCAGUAAGAAAAUUCGAAAUUUCAUCAAACGAUUUUUGUGAAACGUCGAAUUUUCGGGAAGAUUUUUAAGCUAAAAAAUGCAUUCUAGAUUGAUUUUAGGUCAAGCAAAUUCGCAACUAACAAAAUCCCAAUUUUUGCAGGCCACCGGUCGCGAAAGUACUCAUUUCCCACUGGCCCUCCUCUACCGUAUCUGCUAUCUGUCACUGCCCCGUCUCGAACUAUUCUGGUCGAAAUCCUCGUCGCAUUUCAUCAAAGUCUGCAAUCACACAUCUGUUGCGAUGCGCGAUUGGGCCGCAGUUGCGCUAACUUCGCUGGCGAAACAAGCGAUGAAGGCGAAGACGGCGAUGGAUGUUAAGGUGAGCGAGCGAAAUUGGCGUAACUCCGAUUUCCCUUUCAGACCCAACAAGAAGCUUGUAUCUCAUCGAUCUUGGCACUUUGCCAAAUUCCACACUUUCAAGUUCGCCGAAGACAAUUGGAUUGUGUUAUGUCUUUGAUGCAAACUGAUGGAACAGCCUUGUUGGAAUCCACGUGGCCGAAUAUUAUUCAUAUUAUUUCGGCGAUUAUUGAUAAUGAAACUGGGUGGGUUUUUUUGCUAGAAAAUUUGAAAAUCUAUAUGAAAUUUUGAGCUAAAAAUCUGAAAAUGAAGCUCGAAGUUCAGCGGAGCGAUCUGAAAAUCUAGCUCAAAUUUGACACAAAAUGUGAAAAAAUAUUUUUCUGAAAUUUUGAAUAUUCCUAAUCUGAAAGCUUUAGAAUCUGACUUUUUUUCUGAAAAUCUUUAAGAAAUCGAAAUCUUGCUUGAAAAUUAUGUGCUGGAAUUCUGAAGAAUUAUUUUGAAGUCUAAGAUUUCAGCCAGAAAAUCUGGGGAGUUAGCUUAAUUUUGAGUCUGAAAAAACUGAAAAAUUUUUUUGAUGCUCAAAAAUCAGGGCUGAAAUUAUAAUUUCAAACCUAAGUUUGAAGUCAAAGUUUUCAGCCAAAAAAGUGAGAAACCAGUUCAAUUUUCAGUUGAAAAAAUCUGAACUGAUAGCUCCAUUUUUAGCCAAAAAUUUUAAUUUUUCUGAUGCCUAAAAAUCGUGGCUGAAAAUUUGAAAAAUUCAAAUUAUAAACCUAAUUUUGAAGUCAAAGUUUUUCAGCAAAAAUUUGAAAAUCUACGAGAUUUUCUGGCAGAAUUCUACAACACUGAAAUUUCAGAAUUUACCCACAGAAAUCUACCCUAAUCCCCCAAUUUUCCAGAUGCGAACUCUCUCUAAUCCGCCAAGGAUUUUCUGGCCUCAAACUCGUCUCCUCCGAUUUUCUUCAAAACCUGCCCUUCGAUAAUCUAUCACUUCUAAUCGAAUCAAUUUCCAAAUACGCCAAACAACACACUGAUCAAAAUAUCAGCCUAAGUGCAUUGGCUCUACUCUGGACCAUCUCCGAUUUUAUUUAUCGAACAAAUCCGGGACCAUUAAGAGAUUCAACUUGGAUGGUUUUGUAUACUUGUUUGGCUGAAUCUUGUGUAGAUCAAAGAUUUGCUGUGAGGAAAUCAGCGUGUCAAACAUUGCUUCAAAUUGUGACCGCUCAUGGGCACGCUCUUUUACCGGAGUCUUGGAAUCGAAAAAUUUGGCAUAUUCUCAUUCCACUUCUUGAUAAAGUUCGAGCCAAUCUGAAAUCUGCAUCGACUGAGAAAAUCGGCGAAUCUGCCACAAUUAUCAUGCAUCACUCGCGCGACACUGAACAGAAACAAUGGAUUGAGACGUGUAUUUUGACGAUUGGCGCAAUCACCAAGAUUUUCAAUUCGCAACGCGCGAAUUUGACGCAACUUGCGGAUUUCGCCGCGAUUUGGGAGGCUUAUCUGUCGUAUUUGGAGUGGGCUGGAUGUUAUGAGAAUGCGGAAUUGUCGCUGGCGGCGAUUCGAGCUUAUCAAGAGGUUCUAUUGGGAAAGGUGUCGAAUCAGACGCUGAAUGUGAAUAUGCAUCAAGCGAGGUGAGCGCGGGGGUUUUCUGGGAUUUUAAAAAAGAAAUCUGCGAAAUCUUUGCGAAGUAUUUAUUUCAUGCGUUAUGGUAACUUUUCGAUGUGUUUUUUUUUUCAAAAAAUCGUAGUGACUCCGAAACGACGAUUUAUUAUUUUUAUCCAUAAAAUUGAGCUAGAAAUAAAAAUCGAGAAUUUGUAGUGACUUCGAAACGACGAUUUAUUAUUUUUAUCCAAAAAAUUGAGCUAGAAAUAAAAAUCGAGAAUUCGUAGUGACUCCGAAACGACGAUUUAUUAUUUUUAUCCAUAAAAUUGAGCUAGAAAUAAAAAUCGAGAAUUUGUAGUGACUUCGAAACGACGAUUUAUUAUUUUUAUCCAUAAAAUUGAGCUAGAAAUAAAAAUCGAGAAUUCGUAGUGACUCCGAAACGACGAUUUAUUAUUUUUAUCCAUAAAAUUGAGCUAGAAAUAAAAAUCGAGAAUUUGUAGUGACUUCGAAACGACGAUUUAUUAUUUUUAUCCAAAAAAUUGAGCUAGAAAUAAAAAUCGAGAAUUCGUAGUGACUCCGAAACGACGAUUUAUUAUUUUUAUCCAUAAAAUUGAGCUAGAAAUAAAAAUCGAGAAUUUGUAGUGACUUCGAAACGACGAUUUAUUAUUUUUAUCCAAAAAAUUGAGCUAGAAAUAAAAAUCGAGAAUUCGUAGUGACUCCCAAACCACGAUUUAUUAUUUUUAUCCAUAAAAUUAAGGUAAAUUAAAAAAUCGAGAAUUCGUAGUGACUCCCAAACCACGAUUUAUUAUUUUUAUCCAUAAAAUUGAGCUAGAAAUAAAAAUCGAGAAUUUGUAGUGACUCCGAAACGACGAUUUAUUAUUUUUAUCCAUAAAAUUGAGCUAGAAAUAAAAAUCGAGAAUUUGUAGUGACUCCGAAACGACGAUUUAUUAUUUUUAUCCAUAAAAUUGAGCUAGAAAUAAAAAUCGAGAAUUUGUAGUGACUUCGAAACGACGAUUUAUUAUUUUUAUCCAUAAAAUUGAGCUAGAAAUAAAAAUCGAGAAUUCGUAGUGACUUCGAAACGACGAUUUAUUAUUUUUAUCCAUAAAAUUGAGCUAGAAAUAAAAAUCGAGAAUUCGUAGUGACUCCGAAACGACGAUUUAUUAUUUUUAUCCAUAAAAUUGAGCUAGAAAUAAAAAUCGAGAAUUUGUAGUGACUUCGAAACGACGAUUUAUUAUUUUUAUCCAAAAAAUUGAGCUAGAAAUAAAAAUCGAGAAUUCGUAGUGACUCCCAAACCACGAUUUAUUAUUUUUAUCCAUAAAAUUAAGCUACAAACAAAAAUCGAGAAUUCGUAGUGACUCCGAAACGACGAUUUAUUAUUUUUAUCCAUAAAAUUGAGCUAGAAAUAAAAAUCGAGAAUUUGUAGUGACUCCGAAACGACGAUUUAUUAUUUUUAUCCAUAAAAUUGAGCUAGAAAUAAAAAUCGAGAAUUUGUAGUGACUCCGAAACGACGAUUUAUUAUUUUUAUCCAUAAAAUUGAGCUAGAAAUAAAAAUCGAGAAUUUGUAGUGACUUCGAAACGACGAUUUAUUAUUUUUAUCCAUAAAAUUGAGCUAGAAAUAAAAAUCGAGAAUUCGUAGUGACUUCGAAACGACGAUUUAUUAUUUUUAUCCAUAAAAUUGAGCUAGAAAUAAAAAUCGAGAAUUCGUAGUGACUUCGAAACGACGAUUUAUUAUUUUUAUCCAAAAAAUUGAGCUAGAAAUAAAAAUCGAGAAUUCGUAGUGACUCCGAAACGACGAUUUAUUAUUUUUAUCCAUAAAAUUGAGCUAGAAAUAAAAAUCGAGAAUUUGUAGUGACUCCGAAACGACGAUUUAUUAUUUUUAUCCAUAAAAUUGAGCUAGAAAUAAAAAUCGAGAAUUCGUAGUGACUCCGAAACGACGAUUUAUUAUUUUUAUCCAUAAAAUUGAGCUAGAAAUAAAAAUCGAGAAUUCGUAGUGACUCCGAAACGACGAUUUAUGACUUCGAAAACGACGAUUUUUAUUUUUAUCCAUAAAAUUAUUUUGAGCUAGAAAUAAAAUCGAGAAUUCGUAGUGACUCCGAAACGACGAUUUAUUAUUUUUAUCCAUAAAUUGAGCUAGAAAUAAAAAUCGACGAAUUCGUAGUUAUUUUUAUCCAACGACGUUGAGCUAGAAAUAAAAAUCGAGAAUUCGUAGUGACUCCGAAACGACGAUUUAUUAUUUUUAUCCAUAAAAUUGAGCUAGAAAUAAAAUCGAGAAUUCGUAGUGACUCCGAAACGACGAUUUAUUAUUUUUAUCCAUAAAAUUGAGCUAGAAAUAAAAUCGAGAAUUCGUAGUGACUCCGAAACGACGAUUUAUUAUUUUUAUCCAUAAAAUUGAGCUAGAAAUAAAAAUCGACCGUAGUGACUCCGAAACGACGAUUUAUUAUUUUUAUCCAUAAAUUGAGCUAGAAAUAAAAAUCGAGAAUUCGUAGUGACUCCGAAACGACGAUUUAUUAUUUUUAUCCAUAAAAUUGAGCUAGAAAUAAAAAUCGAGAAUUCGUAGUGACUCCGAAACGACGAUUUAUUAUUUUUAUCCAUAAAAUUGAGCUAGAAAUAAAAAUCGAGAAUUCGUAGUGACUCCGAAACGACGAUUUAUUAUUUUUAUCCAAAAAAUUGAGCUAGAAAUAAAAAUCGAGAAUUCGUAGUGACUCCGAAACGACGAUUUAUUAUUUUUAUCCAUAAAAUUGAGCUAGAAAUAAAAAUCGAGAAUUCGUAGUGACUCCGAAACGACGAUUUAUUAUUUUUAUCCAUAAAAUUGAGCUAGAAAUAAAAAUCGAGAAUUCGUAGUGACUCCGAAACGACGAUUUAUUAUUUUUAUCCAGCAAAUUGAGCUAGAAAUAAAAAUCGAGAAUUCGUAGUGACUCCGAAACGACGAUUUAUUAUUUUUAUCCAUAAAAUUGAGCUAGAAAUAAAAAUCGAGAAUUCGUAGUGACUCCGAAACGACGAUUUAUUAUUUUUUAUCCAUAAAAUUGAGCUAGAAAUAAAAAUCGAGAAUUCGUAGUGACUCGAAACGACGAUUUAUUAUUUUUAUCCAUAAAAUUGAGCUAGAAAUAAAAAUCGAGAAUUCGUAGUGACUCCGAAACGACGAUUUAUUAUUUUUAUCCAUAAAAUUGAGCUAGAAAUAAAAAUCGAGAAUUCGUAGUGACCUGAAACGACGAUUUAUUAUUUUUAUCCAUAAAAAUUGAGCUAGAAAUAAAAAUCGAGAAUUCGUAGUGACUCCGAAACGACGAUUUAUUAUUUUUAUCCAUAAAAUUGAGCUAGAAAUAAAAAUCGAGAAUUCGUAGUGACUCCGAAACGACGAUUUAUUAUUUUUAUCCAUAAAAUUGAGCUAGAAAUAAAAAUCGAGAAUUCGUAGUGACUCCGAAACGACGAUUUAUUAUUUUUAUCCAUAAAAUUGAGCUAGAAAUAAAAAUCGAGAAUUCGUAGUGACUCCGAAACGACGAUUUAUUAUUUUUAUCCAUAAAAUUGAGCUAGAAAUAAAAAUCGAGAAUUCGUAGUGACUCCGAAACGACGAUUUAUUAUUUUUAUCCAAAAAAUUGAGCUAGAAAUAAAAAUCGAGAAUUCGUAGUGACUCCGAAACGACGAUUUAUUAUUUUUAUCCAUAAAAUUGAGCUAGAAAUAAAAAUCGAGAAUUCGUAGUGACUCCGAAACGACGAUUUAUUAUUUUUAUCCAUAAAAUUGAGCUAGAAAUAAAAAUCGAGAAUUCGUAGUGACUCCGAAACGACGAUUUAUUAUUUUUAUCCAAAAAAUUGAGCUAGAAAUAAAAAAUCGAGAAUUCGUAGUGACUCCGAAACGACGAUUUAUUAUUUUUAUCCAUAAAAUUGAGCUUUCAGAAAUAAAAAUCGAGAAUUCGUAGUGACUCAAACGACGAUUUAUUAUUUUUAUCCAUAAAAUUGAGCUAGAAAUAAAAAUCGAGAAUUCGUAGUGACUCCAGAAACGACGAUUUAUUAUUUUUAUCCAUAAAAUUGAGCUAGAAAUAAAAAUCGAGAAUUCGUAGUGACUCCGAAACGACGAUUUAUUAUUUUUAUCCAAAAAAUUGAGCUAGAAAUAAAAAUCGAGAAUUCGUAGUGACUCCGAAACGACGAUUUAUUAUUUUUAUCCAUAAAAUUGAGCUAGAAAUAAAAAUCGAGAAUUCGUAGUGACUCCGGAAACGACGAUUUAUUAUUUUUAUCCAUAAAAUUGAGCUAGAAAUAAAAAUCGAGAAUUCGUAGUGACUCCGAAACGACGAUUUAUUAUUUUUAUCCAAAAAAAUUGAGCUAGAAAUAAAAAUCGAGAAUUCGUAGUGACUCCGAAACGACGAUUUAUUAUUUUUAUCCAUAAAAUUGAGCUAGAAAUAAAAAUCGAGAAUUCGUAGUGACUCCGAAACGACGAUUUAUUAUUUUUAUCCAUAAAAUUGAGCUAGAAAUAAAAAUCGAGAAUUCGUAGUGACUCUGAAACGACGAUUUAUUAUUUUUAUCCAUAAAAUUGAGCUAGAAAUAAAAAUCGAGAAUUCGUAGUGACUCCGAAACGACGAUUUAUUAUUUUUAUCCAAAAAUUGAGCUAGAAAUAAAAAUCGAGAAUUCGUAGUGACUCCGAAACGACGAUUUAUUAUUUUUAUCCAUAAAAUUGAGCUAGAAAUAAAAUCGAGAAUUCGUAGUGACUCCGAAACGACGAUUUAUUAUUUUUAUCCAUAAAAUUGAGCUAGAAAUAAAAAUCGAGAAUUCGUAGUGACUCCGAAACGACGAUUUAUUAUUUUUAUCCAAAAAAAUUGAGCUAGAAAUAAAAAUCGAGAAUUCGUAGUGACUCCGAAACGACGAUUUAUUAUUUUUAUCCAUAAAAUUGAGCUAGAAAUAAAAAUCGAGAAUUCGUAGUGACUCUGAAACGACGAUUUAUUAUUUUUAUCCAUAAAAUUGAGCUAGAAAUAAAAAUCGAGAAUUUGUAGUGACUCCGAAACGACGAUUUAUUAUUUUUAUCCAUAAUAUUGAGCUAGAAAUAAAAAUCGAGAAUUCGUAGUGACUCCGAAACGACGAUUUAUUAUUUUUAUCCAUAAUAUUGAGCUAGAAAUAAAAAUCGAGAAUUUGUAGUGACUCCGAAACGACGAUUUAUUAUUUUUAUCCAUAAUAUUGAGCUAGAAAUAAAAAUCGAGAAUUCGUAGUGACUUCGAAACGACGAUUUAUUAUUUUUAUUCAUAAAAUUGAGCUAGAAAUAAAAAUCGAGAAUUUGUAGUGACUCCGAAACGACGAUUUAUUAUUUUUAUCCAUAAAAUUGAGCUAGAAAUAAAAAUCGAGAAUUUGUAGUGACUCCGAAACGACGAUUUAUUAUUUUUAUCCAUAAAAUUGAGCUAGAAAUAAAAAUCGAGAAUUUGUAGUGACUCCGAAACGACGAUUUAUUAUUUUUAUCCAUAAAAUUGAGCUAGAAAUAAAAAUCGAGAAUUCGUAGUGACUUCGAAACGACGAUUUAUUAUUUUUAUCCAUAAUAUUGAGCUAGAAAUAAAAAUCGAGAAUUUGUAGUGACUCCGAAACGACGAUUUAUUAUUUUUAUCCAUAAAAUUGAGCUAGAAAUAAAAAUCGAGAAUUCGUAGUGACUCCGAAACGACGAUUUAUUAUUUUUAUCCAUAAAAUUGAGCUAGAAAUAAAAAUCGAGAAUUUGUAGUGACUCCGAAACGACGAUUUAUUAUUUUUAUCCAUAAUAUUGAGCUAGAAAUAAAAAUCGAGAAUUCGUAGUGACUUCGAAACGACGAUUUAUUAUUUUUAUCCAUAAAAUUAAGCUAGAAAUAAAAAUCGAGAAUUUGUAGUGACUCCGAAACGACGAUUUAUUAUUUUUAUCCAUAAUAUUGAGCUAGAAAUAAAAAUCGAGAAUUUGUAGUGACUCCGAAACGACGAUUUAUUAUUUUUAUCCAUAAAAUUAAGCUAGAAAUAAAAAUCGAGAAUUUGUAGUGACUCCGAAACGACGAUUUAUUAUUUUUAUCCAUAAAAUUGAGCUAGAAAUAAAAAUCGAGAAUUCGUAGUGACUUCGAAACGACGAUUUAUUAUUUUUAUCCAUAAAAUUGAGCUAGAAAUAAAAAUCGAGAAUUUGUAGUGACUCCGAAACGACGAUUUAUUAUUUUUAUCCAUAAAAUUGAGCUAGAAAUAAAAAUCGAGAAUUCGUAGUGACUCCGAAACGACGAUUUAUUAUUUUUAUCCAUAAAAUUGAGCUAGAAAUAAAAAUCGAGAAUUCGUAGUGACUCCGAAACGACGAUUUAUUAUUUUUAUCCAUAAAAUUGAGCUAGAAAUAAAAAUCGAGAAUUCGUAGUGACUCCGAAACGACGAUUUAUUAUUUUUAUCCAUAAAAUUGAGCUAGAAAUAAAAAUCGAGAAUUUGUAGUGACUCCGAAACGACGAUUUAUUAUUUUUAUCCAUAAAAUUGAGCUAGAAAUAAAAAUCGAGAAUUUGUAGUGACUCCGAAACGACGAUUUAUUAUUUUUAUCCAUAAAAUUGAGCUAGAAAUAAAAAUCGAGAAUUCGUAGUGACUUCGAAACGACGAUUUAUUAUUUUUAUCCAUAAAAUUGAGCUAGAAAUAAAAAUCGAGAAUUUGUAGUGACUCCGAAACGACGAUUUAUUAUUUUUAUCCAUAAAAUUGAGCUAGAAAUAAAAAUCGAGAAUUUGUAGUGACUCCGAAACGACGAUUUAUUAUUUUUAUCCAUAAAAUUAAGCUAGAAAUAAAAAUCGAGAAUUCGUAGUGACUUCGAAACGACGAUUUAUUAUUUUUAUCCAUAAAAUUGAGCUAGAAAUAAAAAUCGAGAAUUUGUAGUGACUCCGAAACGACGAUUUAUUAUUUUUAUCCAUAAUAUUGAGCUAGAAAUAAAAAUCGAGAAUUCGUAGUGACUUCGAAACGACGAUUUAUUAUUUUUAUCCAUAAUAUUGAGCUAGAAAUAAAAAUCGAGAAUUCGUAGUGACUUCGAAACGACGAUUUAUUAUUUUUAUCCAUAAAAUUGAGCUAGAAAUAAAAAUCGAGAAUUUGUAGUGACUUCCGAAACGACGAUUUAUUAUUUUUAUCCAUAAAAUUAAGCUAGAAAUAAAAAUCGAGAAUUUGUAGUGACUCCGAAACGACGAUUUAUUAUUUUUAUCCAUAAAAUUGAGCUAGAAAUAAAAAUCGAGAAUUUGUAGUGACUCCGAAACGACGAUUUAUUAUUUUUAUCCAUAAAAUUGAGCUAGAAAUAAAAAUCGAGAAUUCGUAGUGACUUCGAAACGACGAUUUAUUAUUUUUAUCCAUAAAAUUGAGCUAGAAAUAAAAAUCGAGAAUUUGUAGUGACUCCGAAACGACGAUUUAUUAUUUUUAUCCAUAAAAUUGAGCUAGAAAUAAAAAUCGAGAAUUCGUAGUGACUUCGAAACGACGAUUUAUUAUUUUUAUCCAUAAAAUUAAGCUAGAAAUAAAAAUCGAGAAUUUGUAGUGACUCCGAAACGACGAUUUAUUAUUUUUAUCCAUAAAAUUGAGCUAGAAAUAAAAAUCGAGAAUUUGUAGUGACUCCGAAACGACGAUUUAUUAUUUUUAUCCAUAAAAUUGAGCUAGAAAUAAAAAUCGAGAAUUUGUAGUGACUCCGAAACGACGAUUUAUUAUUUUUAUCCAUAAAAUUGAGCUAGAAAUAAAAAUCGAGAAUUUGUAGUGACUUCCGAAACGACGAUUUAUUAUUUUUAUCCAUAAUAUUGAGCUAGAAAUAAAAAUCGAGAAUUUGUAGUGACUCCGAAACGACGAUUUAUUAUUUUUAUCCAUAAAAUUGAGCUAGAAAUAAAAAUCGAGAAUUCGUAGUGACUCCGAAACGACGAUUUAUUAUUUUUAUCCAUAAAAUUGAGCUAGAAAUAAAAAUCGAGAAUUUGUAGUGACUCCGAAACGACGAUUUAUUAUUUUUAUCCAUAAAAUUGAGCUAGAAAUAAAAAUCGAGAAUUCGUAGUGACUCCGAAACGACGAUUUAUUAUUUUUAUCCAUAAAAUUGAGCUAGAAAUAAAAUCGAGAAUUUGUAGUGACUCCGAAACGACGAUUUAUUAUUUUUAUCCAUAAAAUUGAGCUAGAAAUAAAAAUCGAGAAUUCGUAGUGACUUCGAAACGACGAUUUAUUAUUUUUAUCCAUAAAAUUGAGCUAGAAAUAAAAAUCGAGAAUUUGUAGUGACUUCGAAACGACGAUUUAUUAUUUUUAUCCAUAAAAUUGAGCUAGAAAUAAAAAUCGAGAAUUCGUAGUGACUCCGAAACGACGAUUUAUUAUUUUUAUCCAUAAAAUUGAGCUAGAAAUAAAAAUCGAGAAUUUGUAGUGACUUCGAAACGACGAUUUAUUAUUUUUAUCCAUAAAAUUGAGCUAGAAAUAAAAAUCGAGAAUUUGUAGUGACUUCGAAACGACGAUUUAUUAUUUUUAUCCAUAAAAUUGAGCUAGAAAUAAAAAUCGAGAAUUCGUAGUGACUCCGAAACGACGAUUUAUUAUUUUUAUCCAUAAAAUUGAGCUAGAAAUAAAAAUCGAGAAUUUGUAGUGACUUCGAAACGACGAUUUAUUAUUUUUAUCCAUAAAAUUGAGCUAGAAAUAAAAAUCGAGAAUUCGUAGUGACUCCGAAACGACGAUUUAUUAUUUUUAUCCAUAAAAUUGAGCUAGAAAUAAAAAUCGAGAAUUCGUAGUGACUUCGAAACGACGAUUUAUUAUUUUUAUCCAUAAAAUUGAGCUAGAAAUAAAAAUCGAGAAUUUGUAGUGACUUCGAAACGACGAUUUAUUAUUUUUAUCCAUAAAAUUGAGCUAGAAAUAAAAAUCGAGAAUUCGUAGUGACUCCGAAACGACGAUUUAUUAUUUUUAUCCAUAAAAUUGAGCUAGAAAUAAAAAUCGAGAAUUUGUAGUGACUUCGAAACGACGAUUUAUUAUUUUUAUCCAUAAAAUUGAGCUAGAAAUAAAAAUCGAGAAUUCGUAGUGACUUCGAAACGACGAUUUAUUAUUUUUAUCCAUAAAAUUGAGCUAGAAAUAAAAAUCGAGAAUUCGUAGUGACUCCGAAACGACGAUUUAUUAUUUUUAUCCAUAAAAUUGAGCUAGAAAUAAAAAUCGAGAAUUCGUAGUGACUUCGAAACGACGAUUUAUUAUUUUUAUCCAUAAAAUUGAGCUAGAAAUAAAAAUCGAGAAUUCGUAGUGACUCCGAAACGACGAUUUAUUAUUUUUAUCCAUAAAAUUGAGCUAGAAAUAAAAAUCGAGAAUUUGUAGUGACUUCGAAACGACGAUUUAUUAUUUUUAUCCAUAAAAUUGAGCUAGAAAUAAAAAUCGAGAAUUCGUAGUGACUCCGAAACGACGAUUUAUUAUUUUUAUCCAUAAAAUUGAGCUAGAAAUAAAAAUCGAGAAUUUGUAGUGACUCCGAAACGACGAUUUAUUAUUUUUAUCCAUAAAAUUGAGCUAGAAAUAAAAAUCGAGAAUUCGUAGUGACUCCGAAACGACGAUUUAUUAUUUUUAUCCAUAAAAUUGAGCUAGAAAUAAAAAUCGAGAAUUUGUAGUGACUCCGAAACGACGAUUUAUUAUUUUUAUCCAUAAAAUUGAGCUAGAAAUAAAAAUCGAGAAUUUGUAGUGACUUCCGAAACGACGAUUUAUUAUUUUUAUCCAUAAAAUUGAGCUAGAAAUAAAAAUCGAGAAUUCGUAGUGACUUCGAAACGACGAUUUAUUAUUUUUAUCCAUAAAAUUGAGCUAGAAAUAAAAAUCGAGAAUUCGUAGUGACUCCGAAACGACGAUUUAUUAUUUUUAUCCAUAAAAUUGAGCUAGAAAUAAAAAUCGAGAAUUUGUAGUGACUUCGAAACGACGAUUUAUUAUUUUUAUCCAUAAAAUUGAGCUAGAAAUAAAAAUCGAGAAUUUGUAGUGACUUCGAAACGACGAUUUAUUAUUUUUAUCCAUAAAAUUGAGCUAGAAAUAAAAAUCGAGAAUUCGUAGUGACUCCGAAACGACGAUUUAUUAUUUUUAUCCAUAAAAUUGAGCUAGAAAUAAAAAUCGAGAAUUUGUAGUGACUUCGAAACGACGAUUUAUUAUUUUUAUCCAUAAAAUUGAGCUAGAAAUAAAAAUCGAGAAUUUGUAGUGACUUCGAAACGACGAUUUAUUAUUUUUAUCCAUAAAAUUGAGCUAGAAAUAAAAAUCGAGAAUUCGUAGUGACUCCGAAACGACGAUUUAUUAUUUUUAUCCAUAAAAUUGAGCUAGAAAUAAAAAUCGAGAAUUCGUAGUGACUUCGAAACGACGAUUUAUUAUUUUUAUCCAUAAAAUUGAGCUAGAAAUAAAAAUCGAGAAUUCGUAGUGACUCCGAAACGACGAUUUAUUAUUUUUAUCCAUAAAAUUGAGCUAGAAAUAAAAAUCGAGAAUUUGUAGUGACUUCGAAACGACGAUUUAUUAUUUUUAUCCAUAAAAUUGAGCUAGAAAUAAAAAUCGAGAAUUUGUAGUGACUCCGAAACGACGAUUUAUUAUUUUUAUCCAUAAAAUUGAGCUAGAAAUAAAAAUCGAGAAUUCGUAGUGACUCCGAAACGACGAUUUAUUAUUUUUAUCCAUAAAAUUGAGCUAGAAAUAAAAAUCGAGAAUUUGUAGUGACUCCGAAACGACGAUUUAUUAUUUUUAUCCAUAAAAUUGAGCUAGAAAUAAAAAUCGAGAAUUCGUAGUGACUCCGAAACGACGAUUUAUUAUUUUUAUCCAUAAAAUUGAGCUAGAAAUAAAAAUCGAGAAUUCGUAGUGACUUCGAAACGACGAUUUAUUAUUUUUAUCCAUAAAAUUGAGCUAGAAAUAAAAAUCGAGAAUUUGUAGUGACUCCGAAACGACGAUUUAUUAUUUUUAUCCAUAAAAUUGAGCUAGAAAUAAAAAUCGAGAAUUUGUAGUGACUCCGAAACGACGAUUUAUUAUUUUUAUCCAUAAAAUUGAGCUAGAAAUAAAAAUCGAGAAUUCGUAGUGACUCCGAAACGACGAUUUAUUAUUUUUAUCCAUAAAAUUGAGCUAGAAAUAAAAAUCGAGAAUUUGUAGUGACUCCGAAACGACGAUUUAUUAUUUUUAUCCAUAAAAUUGAGCUAGAAAUAAAAAUCGAGAAUUCGUAGUGACUCCGAAACGACGAUUUAUUAUUUUUAUCCAUAAAAUUGAGCUAGAAAUAAAAAUCGAGAAUUUGUAGUGACUCCGAAACGACGAUUUAUUAUUUUUAUCCAUAAAAUUGAGCUAGAAAUAAAAAUCGAGAAUUCGUAGUGACUCCGAAACGACGAUUUAUUAUUUUUAUCCAUAAAAUUGAGCUAGAAAUAAAAAUCGAGAAUUUGUAGUGACUCCGAAACGACGAUUUAUUAUUUUUAUCCAUAAAAUUGAGCUAGAAAUAAAAAUCGAGAAUUUGUAGUGACUCCGAAACGACGAUUUAUUAUUUUUAUCCAUAAAAUUGAGCUAGAAAUAAAAAUCGAGAAUUCGUAGUGACUUCGAAACGACGAUUUAUUAUUUUUAUCCAUAAAAUUGAGCUAGAAAUAAAAAUCGAGAAUUUGUAGUGACUUCGAAACGACGAUUUAUUAUUUUUAUCCAUAAAAUUGAGCUAGAAAUAAAAAUCGAGAAUUUGUAGUGACUCCGAAACGACGAUUUAUUAUUUUUAUCCAUAAAAUUAAGCUAGAAAUAAAAAUCGAGAGUUUGUAGUGACUUCGAAACGACGAUUUAUUAUUCUUAUCCAUAAAAUUGAGCUAGAAAUAAAAAUCGAGAAUUUGUAGUGACUUCGAAACGACGAUUUAUUAUUUUUAUCCAUAAAAUUGAGGUAAAUUAAAAAAUCGAGAAUUCGUAGUGACUUCCAAACCACGAUUUAUUAUUUUUAUCCAUAAAAUUAAGGUAAAUUAAAAAAUCGAGAAUUCGUAGUGACUUCCAAACCACGAUUUAUCAUUUUUAUCCAUAAAAUUGAGCUAGAAAUAAAAAUCGAGAAUUCGUAGUGACUUCGAAACGACGAUUUAUUAUUUUUAUCCAUAAAAUUGAGCUAGAAAUAAAAAUCGAGAAUUUGUAGUGACUUCGAAACGACGAUUUAUUAUUUUUAUCCAUAAAAUUGAGCUAGAAAUAAAAAUCGAGAAUUCGUAGUGACUCCGAAACGACGAUUUAUUAUUUUUAUCCAUAAAAUUAAGCUAGAAAUAAAAAUCGAGAAUUUGUAGUGACUUCGAAACGACGAUUUAUUAUUUUUAUCCAAAAAAUUGAGCUAGAAAUAAAAAUCUAGAAUUUGUAGUGACUUCGAAACGACGAUUUAUUAUUUUUAUCCAUAAAAUUGAGCUAGAAAUAAAAAUCGAGAAUUCGUAGUGACUCCGAAACGACGAUUUAUUAUUUUUAUCCAUGAAAUUGAGCUAGAAAUAAAAAUCGAGAAUUCGUAGUGACUUCGAAACGACGAUUUAUUAUUUUUAUCCAUAAAAUUGAGCUAGAAAUAAAAAUCGAGAAUUCGUAGUGACUCCGAAACGACGAUUUAUUAUUUUUAUCCAUAAAAUUGAGCUAGAAAUAAAAAUCGAGAAUUUGUAGUGACUUCGAAACGACGAUUUAUUAUUUUUAUCCAUAAAAUUAAGCUAGAAAUAAAAAUCGAGAAUUCGUAGUGACUCCGAAACGACGAUUUAUUAUUUUUAUCCAUAAAAUUGAGCUAGAAAUAAAAAUCGAGAAUUUGUAGUGACUCCGAAACGACGAUUUAUUAUUUUUAUCCAUAAAAUUAAGCUAGAAAUAAAAAUCGAGAAUUCGUAGUGACUCCGAAACGACGAUUUAUUAUUUUUAUCCAUAAAAUUGAGCUAGAAAUAAAAAUCGAGAAUUUGUAGUGACUCCGAAACGACGAUUUAUUAUUUUUAUCCAUAAAAUUGAGCUAGAAAUAAAAUUGAGCUAGAAAUAAAAAUCGAGAAUUCGUAGUGACUUCGAAACGACGAUUUAUUAUUUUUAUCCAUAAAAUUGAGCUAGAAAUAAAAAUCGAGAAUUCGUAGUGACUCCGAAACGACGAUUUAUUAUUUUUAUCCAUAAAAUUGAGCUAGAAAUAAAAAUCGAGAAUUUGUAGUGACUUCGAAACGACGAUUUAUUAUUUUUAUCCAUAAAAUUGAGCUAGAAAUAAAAAUCGAGAAUUUGUAGUGACUUCGAAACGACGAUUUAUUAUUUUUAUCCAUAAAAUUGAGCUAGAAAUAAAAAUCGAGAAUUCGUAGUGACUCCGAAACGACGAUUUAUUAUUUUUAUCCAUAAAAUUAAGCUAGAAAUAAAAAUCGAGAAUUUGUAGUGACUUCGAAACGACGAUUUAUUAUUUUUAUCCAAAAAAUUGAGCUAGAAAUAAAAAUCUAGAAUUUGUAGUGACUUCGAAACGACGAUUUAUUAUUUUUAUCCAUAAAAUUGAGCUAGAAAUAAAAAUCGAGAAUUCGUAGUGACUCCGAAACGACGAUUUAUUAUUUUUAUCCAAAAAAUUGAGCUAGAAAUAAAAAUCGAGAAUUCGUAGUGACUCCGAAACGACGAUUUAUUAUUUUUAUCCAUAAAAUUGAGCUAGAAAUAAAAAUCGAGAAUUCGUAGUGACUCCGAAACGACGAUUUAUUAUUUUUAUCCAUAAAAUUGAGCUAGAAAUAAAAAUCGAGAAUUUGUAGUGACUUCGAAACGACGAUUUAUUAUUUUUAUCCAUAAAAUUGAGCUAGAAAUAAAAAUCGAGAAUUUGUAGUGACUUCGAAAUGACGAUUUAUUAUUUUUAUCCAAAAAAUUGAGCUAGAAAUAAAAAUCGAGAAUUCGUAGUGACUUCGAAACGACGAUUUAUUAUUUUUAUCCAUAAAAUUGAGCUAGAAAUAAAAAUCGAGAAUUUGUAGUGACUUCGAAACGACGAUUUAUUAUUUUUAUCCAUAAAAUUGAGCUAGAAAUAAAAAUCGAGAAUUCGUAGUGACUUCGAAACGACGAUUUAUUAUUUUUAUCCAUAAAAUUGAGCUAGAAAUAAAAAUCGAGAAUUCGUAGUGACUCCGAAACGACGAUUUAUUAUUUUUAUCCAUAAAAUUGAGCUAGAAAUAAAAAUCGAGAAUUUGUAGUGACUUCGAAACGACGAUUUAUUAUUUUUAUCCAUAAAAUUGAGCUAGAAAUAAAAAUCGAGAAUUUGUAGUGACUUCGAAACGACGAUUUAUUAUUUUUAUCCAUAAAAUUGAGCUAGAAAUAAAAAUCGAGAAUUCGUAGUGACUCCGAAACGACGAUUUAUUAUUUUUAUCCAUAAAAUUAAGCUAGAAAUAAAAAUCGAGAAUUUGUAGUGACUUCGAAACGACGAUUUAUUAUUUUUUUCCAAAAAAUUGAGCUAGAAAUAAAAAUCUAGAAUUUGUAGUGACUUCGAAACGACGAUUUAUUAUUUUUAUCCAUAAAAUUAAGCUAGAAAUAAAAAUUGAGAAUUCGUAGUGACUUCGAAACGACGAUUUAUUAUUUUUAUCCAUAAAAUUAAGCUAGAAAUGAAAAUCGAGAAUUCGUAGUGACUUCGAAACGACGAUUUAUUAUUUUUAUCCAUAAAAUUGAGCUAGAAAUAAAAAUCGAGAAUUCGUAGUGACUUCGAAACGACGAUUUAUUAUUUUUAUCCAUAAAAUUGAGCUAGAAAUAAAAAUCGAGAAUUCGUAGUGACUUCGAAACGACGAUUUAUUAUUUUUAUCCAUAAAAUUAAGCUAGAAAUAAAAAUCGAGAAUUCGUAGUGACUCCGAAACGACGAUUUAUUAUUUUUAUCCAUAAAAUUGAGCUAGAAAUAAAAAUCGAGAAUUUGUAGUGACUUCGAAACGACGAUUUAUUAUUUUUAUCCAUAAAAUUGAGCUAGAAAUAAAAAUCGAGAAUUCGUAGUGACUUCGAAACGACGAUUUAUUAUUUUUAUCCAUAAAAUUGAGCUAGAAAUAAAAAUCGAGAAUUCGUAGUGACUUCGAAACGACGAUUUAUUAUUUUUAUCCAUAAAAUUGAGCUAGAAAUAAAAAUCGAGAAUUUGUAGUGACUUCGAAACGACGAUUUAUUAUUUUUAUCCAUAAAAUUGAGCUAGAAAUAAAAAUCGAGAAUUCGUAGUGACUUCGAAACGACGAUUUAUUAUUUUUAUCCAUAAAAUUAAGCUAGAAAUGAAAAUCGAGAAUUCGUAGUGACUCCGAAACGACGAUUUAUUAUUUUUAUCCAAAAAUUGAGCUAGAAAUAAAAAUCGAGAAUUCGUAGUGACUCCGAAACGACGAUUUAUUAUUUUUAUCCAUAAAAUUGAGCUAGAAAUAAAAAUCGAGAAUUUGUAGUGACUUCGAAACGACGAUUUAUUAUUUUUAUCCAUAAAAUUGAGCUAGAAAUAAAAAUCGAGAAUUCGUAGUGACUUCGAAACGACGAUUUAUUAUUUUUAUCCAUAAAAUUGAGCUAGAAAUAAAAAUCGAGAAUUCGUAGUGACUUCGAAACGACGAUUUAUUAUUUUUAUCCAUAAAAUUGAGCUAGAAAUAAAAAUCGAGAAUUUGUAGUGACUUCGAAACGACGAUUUAUUAUUUUUAUCCAUAAAAUUGAGCUAGAAAUAAAAAUCGAGAAUUCGUAGUGACUUCGAAACGACGAUUUAUUAUUUUUAUCCAUAAAAUUAAGCUAGAAAUGAAAAUCGAGAAUUCGUAGUGACUCCGAAACGACGAUUUAUUAUUUUUAUCCAUAAAAUUGAGCUAGAAAUAAAAAUCGAGAAUUCGUAGUGACUUCGAAACGACGAUUUAUUAUUUUUAUCCAUAAAAUUGAGCUAGAAAUAAAAAUCGAGAAUUCGUAGUGACUCCGAAACGACGAUUUAUUAUUUUUAUCCAUAAAAUUGAGCUAGAAAUAAAAAUCGAGAAUUCGUAGUGACUUCGAAACGACGAUUUAUUAUUUUUAUCCAUAAAAUUAAGCUAGAAAUAAAAAUUGAGAAUUUGUAGUGACUUCGAAACGACGAUUUAUUAUUUUUAUCCAUAAAAUUAAGCUAGAAAUAAAAAUCGAGAAUUUGUAGUGACUCCGAAACGACGAUUUAUUAUUUUUAUCCAUAAAAUUGAGCUAGAAAUAAAAAUCGAGAAUUCGUAGUGACUCCGAAACGACGAUUUAUUAUUUUUAUCCAUAAAAUUAAGCUAGAAAUAAAAAUCGAGAAUUCGUAGUGACUUCGAAACGACGAUUUAUUAUUUUUAUCCAUAAAAUUAAGCUAGAAAUAAAAAUUGAGAAUUUGUAGUGACUUCGAAACGACGAUUUAUUAUUUUUAUCCAUAAAAUUAAGCUAGAAAUAAAAAUCGAGAAUUUGUAGUGACUCCGAAACGACGAUUUAUUAUUUUUAUCCAUAAAAUUGAGCUAGAAAUAAAAAUCGAGAAUUCGUAGUGACUCCGAAACGACGAUUUAUUAUUUUUAUCCAUAAAAUUAAGCUAGAAAUAAAAAUUGAGAAUUCGUAGUGACUUCGAAACGACGAUUUAUUAUUUUUAUCCAUAAAAUUAAGCUAGAAAUAAAAAUCGAGAAUUUGUAGUGACUCCGAAACGACGAUUUAUUAUUUUUAUCCAUAAAAUUGAGCUAGAAAUAAAAAUCGAGAAUUCGUAGUGACUCCGAAACGACGAUUUAUUAUUUUUAUCCAUAAAAUUGAGCUAGAAAUAAAAAUCGAGAAUUCGUAGUGACUUCGAAACGACGAUUUAUUAUUUUUAUCCAUAAAAUUAAGCUAGAAAUAAAAAUCGAGAAUUUGUAGUGACUUCGAAACGACGAUUUAUUAUUUUUAUCCAUAAAAUUAAGCUAGAAAUAAAACGAGAAUUUGUAGUGACUUCCAAACCACGAUUUAUCAUUUUUAUCCAUAAAAUUAAGGUAAAUUAAAAAAUCGAGAAUUCGUAGUGACUUCCAAACCACGAUUUAUCAUUUUUAUCCAUAAAAUUGAGGUAAAUUAAAAAUCGAGAAUUUGUAGUGACUCCGAAACGACGAUUUAUUAUUUUUAUCCAUAAAAUUAAGCUAGAAAAAAAAAACGUGAAUUCGUAGUGACUUCGAAACGACGAUUUAUUAUUUUUAUCCAUAAAAUUGAGCUAGAAAUAAAAAUCGAGAAUUUGUAGUGACUCCGAAACGACGAUUUAUUAUUUUUAUCCAUAAAAUUGAGCUAGAAAUAAAAAUCGAGAAUUCGUAGUGACUCCGAAACGACGAUUUAUUAUUUUUAUCCAUAAAAUUGAGCUAGAAAUAAAAAUCGAGAAUUUGUAGUGACUCCGAAACGACGAUUUAUUAUUUUUAUCCAUAAAAUUGAGCUAGAAAUAAAAAUCGAGAAUUCGUAGUGACUUUGAAACGACGAUUUAUUAUUUUUAUCCAAAAAAUCAUGAAACUAUAUGAUAUAUUACUGUAGGAUAAGGAAAUUGAGUUUUUAGCUACAAAAUCAUUUUUUAUCGAGUAUUUUCGUCAAAUUUAGGAUGACUAGGAUUUUUUUUCUAGUUGCCGUAACUCAUAAAAUAAAUUUUUGAUUACAGAUUUCCCUAAGGCUUGUACCUAGCCCCAAAAAAUCUCAUUUUUCCAGCGACUCUGCAUACGACAUCCAACCGCCCGAAUUACCGCAAGCCCAAUGGGUUGAAGCAUGGAAAACGUGGCUGAAAAUCGCCAGAGGAUUGGCCAAGCAAGGUAUUUUCAGGGAAAAUAUGAGAGAAAUUUUUUAGGUUGAGAAUUUUUAAAUUUUUAAAGAAAAAAAUUGAAAAGUUUGGGAGUUUUCAAUGAAUAUUCUGAAAUUCAAAGGCACAACGAAACCAAAUCUUUGACAUUUUUCGAAACGUAAAAUUUUCAAUUUCAGGAUUAAUGUGUUUGAAGCUAAGAUUUGAUCUAGAAAAAUGAAAUUUUGCCACGUGGCUUCUUUUGAGCCGAAAUUUCAGGUUGAAAAUUUAAUAACAUUCUGAAUUUUUAAAGAAAAAUUGAAAAGUUUGGGAGUUUUCAAUGAAUAUUCUGCAAUUUUAAAAAUAUUCUCAAUUUUUGGAAAAAAUCCUGUUUCAUAACGAAUCUGCAUCUCUGAUUUUUUAUCUUAUAAUUUUUUGAAACGUAAAAUUUUCGGGAUUUCUGUGUUUGAAAUGAAAUUUUGCCGCGUGGCAUUUUUUAGCACAAAUUCCGAAAUUUCGUGCUGAAAAUCCACGUGGAAAAAAAAUUGUUUCAAAUGAAAUUCGAAAUUUUCCAGGUGUCUCCGCGCUCUCAAUGUCAACUUCAACUCUCGCCGAUCGUCCCAUGUUAUCCUCCCGAACUUCCGCCUCAUCUCUCGUCUCGCUUUCCGCUUCCGCUUCCGCAACCAACGCUUCUCAAAUUUCCGGAUACAUUCCCGGACCAUCGCAUUUGACGGCGAUUCUCAACGUUUUCCCGCCGCUUUUCAAUCGAGUUGCCAAAAGUAUUCCGCUGGAUGAUUUGAAAUAUGAAAGUUUGCCCGCUGUUUUGGAGGUAUGUGGCAAAUUUUCUGAAUUUUUUGAAUCUAAAUUUGCCACGUGGCAAGAUAAUUAUAAAUUUUUUGGAAAAAAAUGAGGAAAAUCAGAGCUUUUCGUUUAAAAAUUACAAAUUUUAUCAUUUCUCGAGAUUUUUUCUAUGAAAAAUACAGUUUUUCCCCUCAAACCCCAUUUUUUUCUUUCCAGUCAAUGAUGAAUGUUCCAAUUCCAUCCGAACAAGCUCCAUUCGUCCUUCCAUCAGCUUCCACCCAUUUAACACCAACACAAGAAGCAUUGGUGGAGGCGGUGAAAAAUGUGUAUGUCGAAUGCACAAUGUCUGGAAACACAACGACACUCCGCAAUGCCGUACCCGAUUUGAUUCGAUUGUUGUUGAGAUUUGCGAGUUUGGCGACGGCAAGAAUUGCACCGAAUAAAGUGGCGCCUGGUGGACAGAAGAGCUAUGUGAGUUUUGUUUCUGGGUAGGGGUGGAGCCUUGGAAAGAGGGUUGAGUAGGGUUGGCUGCUUGGGAGAGGUGUUUUCAAGAGUUGGAGCCUUGGGAAGAGGAUUGAGUAGGGUUGGCUGCUUGGGAGAGGUAAUUCUAUCGAGCUUCGCUACUUGAGGAUUAAAGCAUUGCUCAUGUUCCAUAGGCAAAUCAGAGCAUUUGACAAAGAUUUUAUACUAGGCAAUGACCCUUAAAAAGAGUGUUGGAUAGGACCAGCUGCUUGAGAAGACCUAUUUCUAGGCUUCCCGCCUUGAAAACUGGGUUGCAUAGGAUUGACUGCUUGACAAAUAGUUCUUCAAGCAGUGUAGCCUUGUAAUUAUGAAUUUUUUCUAGUGGCCAGGAGCUUCUUUUAGUUGAAAAGAGCGGAAGUUCUGGAUCAAGAAGCUGGUCCUUGAAAAAUAUUUUUGUCAAGGAGCGGAGCCUUGAUUUUCCAAAUUUUCAGCGCGAAUAUGCUCUAACCACAAUCGUGCCCUUCUCCGAGUACUCUCUCCGAAUGGCCAUCGAAUUUUUCGUCUCCACAAGCUCCACCCAUUCGCCGCCUCAAGAACUCGCCGCGAUUUCCAUGGAAAUUGUGCGAUUCCUAGCCGAACCCCUUCAUCUAAAAUACGGUUGCAUUUCUGCGACCACGUGGAAAUUGGCGGCGACUUCGCUGAUGACGUGUCUCCGGACGGCGAUUCCGCUUGCGCGAUUGAAUCGUGAGUUUUUUUGUGAGAAAAUUUGGGAUUUUUUUCGUUUCAGCUGAAUAUUUUGGUGAAUUUUGGCCUGCGAUUUGUGAGACGAUGGAAAAAUGGAUUUUCACACCGAAGUAGGUUUCCGUGAACGCGGAAAUGUUCCGCAACCUAAAAAUUUCCAGCAAAUCAACACGACUUGCGGCUGACGAAAGAAAACGUGAUGAAUUAAUGGAGUGUCAAGCGAUCGAGAUAAUCCGCGCGGAAAUGCUGGCGUAUGCCGCGAUUCUGCCACCACAAGAUGUUCAGCGAAUAAUCGCGCUCUUACAUCGCGGAUCGAUUUCGCAAGUCGAUUCGACUGAUGUUUUGGGCUUGGAUACACAUACACAACGCAACGAACUCGCCAAAUCCUGUUUUGACGCAUUGCUCAUGUCAACUGCGAGCUCUUCCGCGACCCAACAAUCGCAAGAAGGGUUGGGAAAUGUGGCGGUCGCUAGUUUGAUGCAAAGAUGUACACAAGUGAUGAGCGAUUUUUGCCGCGAUUUUUCGUCGUCUGGUGAUUUGCGACUUCCGAGAUCGCGAUUUUUGGAAAUUAUAUCUGCACUUCAGGCGAUUGAUCAAUUGAUUGAAAGAUUGGCGAGGUAAGGAUUUGGACUUUUUGUCGCAGAAUUGGAAUUUCCUGCGAUUUUUUCUCAAAAACCACGUCAUUUUCAAAAAAUCGAUAUUCAUCCCGAAAUUGGCCAAAAUAAUCGAUCAAAUAAUGAUUUUGUAGAAAAAGACUUCAAUGUUUCAAUAAAAUUAUGGGGGUUAGCCUAAAUUGUGAUUUUUCCGUUUCAAAAUGUUUUUCGAGCUACAUUUUGAAACGGAAAAAUCACAAUUCAGGCUAACUAUCAUAAUUUUAUUAAAGUUUUUAGCUACAAAAUCAUUUUUUGAUAGAGUAUUUUGGUCAAUUUUGAGAUGAAUAUCGAUUUUUUGGGAAAAAACAAAGUUACUGUAACUUAUGAAGGUUCGCAUUUUUCCAGAGAUCCCCGCCUCACCGAACUCUACUCCCAACUCGUUUCCCUUUUCCCAACCGUCGUCGACAUUGUACCGUGUUCGCAUAGCGACGCAGAACUCGCGCGACAACUCGUCGCCACCAUCAAAUCCUAUCAAACCCUAUUUCUAGUGCAGAAAAUACCAUAGUUUUCUGCGACAAUUUCGCGCGAAUUUCGUCUUUUCUCGGGUUCUCCAUUAUUUAUUGUAAAUUUAUAGUGCCUUUUGAAAUUUCUGUGAUAUGACGUCACUUUUUCUCCCCGUUUUUUUGUUUAGCCCCGCCCCUUUUCUUGUGUGAUAGGCCUUUCUUUUUUGCUAUAAUAAAAUUUUAUGCACCUUUAAACAUAUUUGGAUUACUGUAGAGGUUACUGUAAAACUUCUAGAUUAUUUUAUGCAAUUUUUUUUCCAGAAAAAUUUGGAAAAUUCAGGAGAAUGUGGAAUUUUCACGAGAUUUUUGAGAAAAAAUGCCAACUUUUUGCAAUUUUCCGGAACUACUACGGACUUAGGUAAUUUUUGGGCUUACUGGGCUUUUUAAGGGUCUAAUGGGUUUUUUAAGGCUCUAAUAGGCUUUCUAAGGCUCUAAUGUGCUUUUCAAGGCUCAACUGGGAUUUUUCAGGCUCUAAUGGGCUUUUUUAGGCUCUAAUGGGCUUUUUGAGGCCCCAAUGAGCUUUUUGAGGCCUUCAUUGCCUUUUGUAAGGCUUAGUCUUAAAUUAACACCUCAAUUAAGACCCUAAUUUCAGAGAUUGGAGAGUUAGAGGAAAUUGAAACCGAAGAACAAAUUGUUGAUAAAAUUUUGGAGCAAAGUGGAAGUUGGAGCAUUGUUUAUUUCAAUGUGAGUUCUCAAUGGGCCUUUUUGGGACCUUAAGAAGCCUUUAAAUUUUUAGGCCAAACUCAAGUUGCUCUUCAUUGGCCGUGAUGUUUUUGGUCGUCAAAGUUUGGUGUUCAACUUUGCUGCGCGCGAAUUCGCCGUCUCGGUGGCGAAAAAUUCGCGCGACACAUGGAUCGAAGUGCCAUUUGGACAGGUUACGGUGAUUCGCGCGAAUUUCUCCGCCCAAAUGUAUAGCUAUCUUGACGAGUAUCCGGAAGGUGUUUGCGAGGAUUAUGCGCAAGGAUUCGCGGAAUUUGCAAAAGCUGCGACGUGCGAUAAAAAGUUGCGACUUUUGAAUGUGUCGCGCGAAAUUGAGGGAAACGUUGUUGAUGAUGCGAAAGAGCUGCGAGAAAAGUUUUUGGGAAAUGUCGUGAGUGCGACGCGGAAUCUGUUGCGCAACACGAAUUCGUCGCAUCUUGCAGUUUGCUUGUCUGGUGGAGUGGAUAGCACAUUUGUGGCGCAUGUUGCGCAUCUUUCCGCGACUCCGGAGACGCGGAUUGAUUUGAUAAAUGUCGCUUUCGGCGAGAAUGCCGCGGCGUAUGCGGCAGCUCCGGAUAGAGCGCGAGCUAUCGCCGCCACCGCUUCGCUUCGCACCGCCUAUCCCAACCGCCAGUUUCGCCUGAUUUUUGUCAAUGUUAAUUCGCAAGAAUUGGAAGAGAUGCGCAAAUUAUACAUUGCGGAUGCGGCACGACCCGCGACUUCAGUUCUCGAUGACUCACUCGCAUGCGUAUUGUGGUUUGCGGUCCGCGCGAGAGGUUGCGACGCGGAAAACGGCGAACACGUGGAAUCGCCGGCGACGACGUUGCUAUUGGGAAGUGGAGCCGAUGAAUUGUUGGCUGGUUACGCGAGACAUCGCACGAGAUUCGAAAAGGAUGGAGAUGUUCGCGGUGUUGCGGAAGAAUGUGAACAAGAGUUGCGGAGACUUGGAGCGAGGAAUGGUGGAAGGGAUGCGAGAGUUGCCGCGCAACUCGGCAAAACUAUACUGUAAGUGGGAGGCUUUUUGGGCUAGAAACAUGUUUUUAGGCAUAAAACGACCCAAAAGUUCUACCAAAUCGUCCUGAAGCCUUUAAAAAGGGAAUUUUCCGGACUUUCUAGGCUUUUGGGCUAUUUUCAGGCCUUUAGGCUUUUGGAUCUUGUUUUUAGAGAUAACAUGGCCUGCAAAAAUCGUCCUGAAGACUUGAAAAAGUCCAAAAGAGCAUUAUUACAGACUUUCUAGGCUUUUGGACAAUUUUCAGGAUUUUAGGCUAUAGGUUCUUAUUUUAGAGAUAAAAUUGCCUGCAAAAAUCGUCCCGAAGCCUUAAAAAAUCCAAAAUAGCAUUCUUCGGGGUUUCUAGGCUUUUGGACUAUUUUCAGGCCUUUAGGCUCUAGGAUUUUGUUUUUUUAGAGAUAUGGCCUGCAAAAAUAUGUCCUGCAAAAAUCGUCCUGAAGCCUAUAAGAAGAGUCCAGAAGCCUAGCAUUUUGAGCAAGACUUUCAGGCCCAUUUUAUAGCUUUUAGACUUACAGGGGCCGAAUUCAUAAGAGUGGUAUACCAAUUUUACCUUUUUUUUUGAAUUUGGUCCGUUCAAGCCUAAAAUCUUUAAAAAUGGGCCUGAAAACUGUGCUCGACAUCCUAGGCUUCUGGACCCUUUUUAUAGACUUCAGGACGAUUUUUGCAAGCCAUUUUAUCUCUGAAAACAAGAUCCUAGAUCCUAAACGCCUGAAAAUAGGCUAAAAGCCUAGAAAGCCCGAAAAAUGCCCUAUUGAACUUUCUAGACGCUUCAGGACAAUUUUGUAGAAUUUUUGGAUUGUUUUAUGCUUAAAAAUAUGUUUCUAGAGCCUUAAAGCCUGAAAAUGGCCAAAAAGCCCGAACAAAUCUCAAUUUUUCAGCUCGCCGAUCCUCGAAGACAAUGUUGUCGAAUUUCUCAACUCGCUUCCCGGCCCCUCAAAAUGGGAUUUGAGUUUACCACGUGGCAUUGGCGAAAAACGAGUGCUCCGCGAGCUGGUUCGCGAUUUGGGCUCACCCCACUCGGCUCCAAAACAAGCUAUGCAAUUCGGCUCGCGCAUGGCUAAAAUGAGCAAUGCUGGCGAUAAUUCGAUAAAAGGCAGUGAUAAAAGCCCGCAUUUGCACAGUGGAAUUGCGGGAAAUGCGGUGAUUGUUGAAUGA